GACGCGACGCGCUCAUAUCGCGCCCUGCGGACGGAAGAAGGAACGGGCAAGAUCCAAAGGAAGAAACUUUAGACUUGAGCAAGGUCGUCGCCAACUUUGUUUUUCUACCUGCUGACAUAAACCUCACCCGUGGGCGUCAGGAUGGGGGUUGACCUGUGCACCUACAGGGCCCGGAUAGGCUGCUUCAGGAACCCGGCGUUUCACCCCCUGUGCUGCUGGCAGUCAUGUUUGCUGGUGUGGAUGGUCAUCUCACAACUCAUGCUGAAGCUUGCAGGGGAUGUGGAGGAGAAUCCUGGGCCCAGGCAACAGUUUAAAAACAUGGUGAAGCCAAAAGAAUGGGACAUGAUCGGGAAAAGAACUCUCUUGACACUGGACUUGUCUUGUGAAUAUGGUAGUCAUAUAAAACCUCUGGCUCAACUACCCGAGGAAGUUUUUGAACUAAAGGAAUUGGAGGCCUUAGACCUGACAGACAACGAGAACAUCGAUAUCUCCAAUCAGCUGACCAAACUGACCAAUCUAAAAGUGUUGUGUUUAGAUAACUGUGACCUUAAAACAGUUCCCGCUGCCGUGAUGAAACUUCCGCAGUUAGAAAUGCUGGUCCUCAGUUACAACAAGAACAUCACCCUGCCGGAUGAGAUGUCGGGUCUCAUCAACCUCACUGUCCUGGACUUACAGAACUGUAACCUUAAAACAGUUCCCGCUGCCGUGAUGAAACUUCCGCAGUUAGAAAUGCUGGUCCUCAGUAACAACGAGAACAUCACCCUGCCGGAUGAGAUGUCGGGUCUCAUCAACCUCACUGUCCUGCACUUACAGAUGUGUAACCUGGACACACUACCGCCUGUAGUGCUGAAACUAACAAACCUACAGGUGCUGGAUCUAAGUGCGGGCUGGGAUUCAAUAUUAAAAAUCUCCGUACCAGAUGAGUUGUCUAAACUGAACAAGUUGAAAGUAUUGACACUACGUUACCGUAACCUGGACACAGUUCCCCCGGCAGUACUGACACUCCCCCAGCUGGAGGAACUGGACCUCAGCGGGAACAGCGGGAUCCACCUGCCGGAUGGGCUGGCCGGGCUCACCAACCUCCGGGUACUGAAACUAGCAGGAGCAGGCAUGGAGACAGUUCCUCCGGUAGUGUGGAGACUGACACAGUUAGAAUGGCUGGACCUGAGCCAUAACCAACUACAGACGUUACCCGCGGAAAUCGGACAGCUCACUAAUGUCAAACACUUGGAUCUUCAUAACCAACUAGAGACGUUACCCGCGGAAAUCGGACAGCUCACUAAUGUCAAACACUUGGAUCUGUCCGGGUGCAAGCUGCGCACACUCCCACCUGAAGUGGGGAGGCAGACACAGUUAGAAUGGCUGAAUCUGAGCAGUAACCAACUACAGACGUUACCCGCGGAAAUCGGGCAGCUCACUAAUGUCAAACACUUGGAUCUGUCCGGGUGCGAGCUGCGCACACUCCCACCUGAAGUGUGGAGACUGACACAGUUAGAAUGGCUGGGCCUGAGCCAUAACCAACUACAGACGUUACCCGCGGAAAUAGGGCAGCUCACUAAUGUCAAACGCUUGGAUCUGUCCGGGUGCUGGCUGCGCACACUCCCACCUGAAGUGUGGAGACUGACACAGUUAGAAUGGCUGGGCCUGAGCCAUAACCAACUACAGACGUUACCCGCGGAAAUCGGACAGCUCACUAAUGUCAAACACUUGGAUCUGUCCGGGUGCGAGCUCCGCAUACUCCCACCUGAAGUGGGGAGACUGACACAGUUAGAAUGGCUGAACCUGAGCGGUUACCAGCUACAGACGUUACCCGCGGAAAUCGGACAGCUCACUAAUGUCAAACACUUGGAUCUGUACGGGUGCGAGCUGCGCAUACUCCCACCUGAAGUGGGGAGACUGACACAGUUAGAAUGGCUGGACCUGCGCCAUAACCAGCUAGAGACGUUACCCGCGGAGGUUGCACAGCUCAGUAGCUUAGACACACUUAGCGUCCGUGGAAAUCCACUAAUAAAACCACCAGCUGAAGUUUGCGAUCAGGGGAUCGCUGCCAUCAGACAGUACUUUGAGGAACUUGAACGAUCUAAAGAAACGAUAAGCGCUCAUUUGAAAGUUGUCAUCUUGGGAGAGACAAUGGCGGGAAAAACAAGCCUGAUACAGACGCUAGAAAGUGGCGAGUCCACCCUGACAAAUGUAGAUGACCGCACACACUGUGUAGAGAUAACUCAGUGGGCACCAGAUAACAACAUCACGUUUGAAGUGUACGACUUUGGCGGCCAUGACGUGUACCAUCUCACUCAUCAGUUCUUCCUGACUCCAGAUGCCUUUCAUCUGUUAUUAGUGAACCUGCAGGAAUACAGCUGCAAUGAAGAGAGUUACAAAAAGCAUGUGGGGUUCUGGUUGGACACACUGAAUGCCCGCGUGCCGGGGGCGGUGGUUUCUAUAGUGGGGAGCAAGAAGGACCUUUGCCAGGCUGGCGAAGUAAAAGCAAAGACCAAGGACAUUCAAGCAAGGAUCAGACUGCAAAGAGAUACGUGGGAGAAAGAACAAAGACAAAUAGGUGAAAUGACUAACAUUCAGAUUCAAAGUCGUUUGAAAUCAAUGGAAGACAUAGGCCAUCAACAGUUACGCACGUUGAAGCCAGGACUGCGAAUUGUUGGUGAUGCGCUUGAUUUUUGUGUGUCCGUUAAGCCCAAGUCUCGAUUCCACCUAUCAAGGUCAUCUAGUUCUUGGGAAAGAUUCAGAGACUUCUUGUUAGAAACAGCAAUUGAUAAGGAAUUGUUUCCGACAUUGAGAAGGAUCCUGCCAAGUACGUGGGUAGAGUUCGAACAACUAAUUCAACACCAAGAUGUUCAAAUGUCCACACGGCAUUGGCUGACAGUGACUGACUGUGAACAACUUGGUCAACUUGCUGGGCUCUCAGAAGAAAGACUGGAGCCAGUCCUGUCUUACCUACAGCAGGUGGGAACCAUCCUCAGGUACAAGGACAUACCAAAACUCAAGGACUUUGUCUUCCAUGAUCCUCGCGCCCUAAUUGAACUUUUCAAAGACCUGUUUCAUCAAGAUACAAGCGCCCUUUUCGCAACACCCAGACUUUCUCAUUUCACGUCUGCCCAGCUCAGUACAUUCCAGUCAGAUCUUUGCGACUGUGGACUGAUCCGGAAGGAAGUGAUGGCGUGUUUGUUGCCACCCAACGUCAGUCCGGACAUUAUCACAGCAUUGAUGCAACAUUUCGGCCUGUGUUUUGAAGUACAAGCUAAGGACAAUACAGACCCAUCCAAACAUACCCGCCAGUACAAAAUCCCUUGGUAUUUACAAAAACAAAUGCCAGAGAAGCUGAUGCGCGUCUGGCCCAAAAACGUGCCAGAGGAACAAGAACAACUGCAGCUGAUGUGCAACAUCACAGGAUUCUGUCCUCGGGGACUGUUUCAGAGGUUCAGUGUUGGGAUCCAUCCACUUUUCAAGGACAGGGUAGACUGGAAAGAUGGAGUCAUGGCCUACAGACAGGACUACCCCGUACUAGUCUGUUCCAAACCUGUUGCAGGCGACACUUACAUCACCAUGGCAACCAGAGGCAGGCUUGCCCAGGCAGAUGAGAUGUGGGGCGUGGUCCACCCACUGCUGGAGGUGCUGGUCCAGCUGCUGCAGGAGUGGCCACGUGUGCUGUACUCCCUCCACGUCACCUGUGCGCACUGCAUCAAGGCAGGACUGGACAGGCCGUGGCAGUUCGAACUAAGGGACCGGACUACAGAGGACGGCCGUGACGUCAGGUGUCCUGAGGUCAACUUUGAAGCAUCAACGUCAGCAGACCUUGUGUACAGACCAGGCAGACUCACUGGACACGGCGGUGUUCCGCUCGAGAUACAGCUGCGGGGUCCUGCAAUGCAGCAGCUGUACUCUGAGGCCUGCCGCCAGGGGGCGCAACGGGUGUACAACGUGCGCGGGCUCGUGGUUGGUCAGUUCAGAUCCGGGAAGACGUGUGUCGUCAGGAGGCUGACGGGAGAGAAGGCUGUGGAGAAUCAACCGAUAACAGACGGCAUCGAGAUUAUACCCAGCGUGAAGACCAAGACUUGGCGGAAAGCAAAAGAAGAGCCUGACGAAUUCAAGGAAACCAUGGCAGAACGCAUAGCGGAACAACAAGAACGGAUCAAACUACGCACUCAGACAUCGUCACGAAGCCAAGGAGGAGUCCGGCUACGGAGCAACAGGAAAGACCCUACAGACGCUGGAAAAGCAGAAGAACAACAAGGGAAGCAAAAGCAACAAAAGGAGCCGAUGAUAAAGGAGGCACCGACGGAAGGUCGAGAGACACCAAGGCCGGAAGAUGAAAGGAAAGAAGGUAUAAGCAGGACUACGUCACCACAAACACCAGCUCAACAACAACUCCAGCAUCCAACACAGGGCAUUCCGGAUGAUGAGCGACUUCAGGGUGACGUGAGGGUUCAUCAGAAAACACAGGACAUUCCGGAUGAUGUCAUAAUAAAAGCCAAAGAGCGACUCCAAAGUGGCGUGACCGAGGAGCAGCUUGGAACAGCCGAAAACCCGCGUAUCUCCUUCUGGGACUUUGGCGGCCAGGCCACGUACUACGGCUCGCACCAGUGCUUCUUCACGUACCGCGGGAUCUACAUCCUGGUCAUGUCACUGCUGCAGAGGCUGUCCGACCCUGUUCCUGAUUUGGACUACAAGGCGUCAGCGGACAACCUCGUAACUGGAAGAGACUACUUGGACCACUGGCUGAACUCUGUCCACACCCACGGCCUGGUGCCCGGGCAGGAAGAGAAAGAAGAGCCGCGUGUCAUCUUGGUUCUCACACACAAGGACAAAGUUAGCGAGUUGUACAUAGAGAAGUACAAGAAAGACAUACGUGAUCACAUCAGUGGUAUGGCUGCCGGUACACACGUCUUACCAAAGAUAUUUGUCAUGGACAACUUCAGCGAGGACAACAGCGACAUUGAAGAUCUCCGAGAAUACCUCCGUGAGAUGGCGAAGGAUUUGUCGUUCAUGGGCCAGGAGGUUCCGAUAACCUGGCUUCAUCUGAAGUCCAAAUUGAUGGACAAGAGGAGACAGGGUGACCCAUUCUGCCGCUUUCAAGAUGUCGUCGAUCUGGCCCGGAGUGAUGACAUUGGCAUCACGGACGUCAGCCAUGUUGCCGACAUCCUGACCUUCCUGCAUGACCUUGGCGACAUCAUCUUCAUUAACGAACCCGUUCUUCGUGACCACGUGACCCUUCGACCCCAGGUGAUGAUUGACGUCUUCAAGACCAUUAUCACCGUCCCGGAGUACCAACAGGACAGGAGCACGGGUGGGGAGGUUGCCGAGAUGUGGAGGAGGCUGGAGACCAAAGGUAUUCUCAGUGACAGGCUGGUGACAAUAAUAUGGACUAAAGCAGAUCAGAAGAUGAAAGAUAAGAAGAUGAAACCCUUCUUUAUCGAACACAAGGACUUCCUGAAGCGACUAAUGGAAAAAUACUACCUCCUCUGCAACGCCACGCCGAUCGGUGGGUUUGUUGACACAGCGGACGAGCCUAAGAAAGACGAGAUCUACUUCGUACCAUCCCUCCUGGCCGCAGAGCCUGACUACAACACCUUGUAUCCUGGGAACAUGAGGAGACACCAGCACCCUCUCUAUGUCGUAUUCGACAACAUGUUCCUCCCAAGUGGCAUGUUCUAUCGUCUACAAGCCAUCUGUGUGCACAGGUUCGGUCUUAAAGAGUCCCACGUAUUCGCCGGCUGCGGUCGUUUUCCUACCAACGAUGAAAAGCAACAGUUCGUGGUAACCAAAGUAAAGCAUUACCUGAAGGUGGAGCUUCUGUCGGCUGGAGUUGAGGAGCAGCCGGUGUUCACACAGGGUCUACCCGUCAGAAAGUUCCUCAGCAGUUGUCUCUUCGAGAUCAAGGAGAAGUGGAUCCCGUAUAUCCAGUAUGACUGGUGCUUCGGGGAGGAGUCAGAUGAAAAAAACGGAACACCAGCAUUCUACCAGCUCCCUGUCACCGAACAAGAAGCGGCAACAGGAUCCAGUUGUUUUCCAGAAGAUUUCAUCAACGUUUGGAUGGGUGGCAGUGGUGAUAAGAGAACUUCACGUGCAGAAAACUCAGGUGGUUCCGGACCCGCGAUGAUAGAGCCCACAAUGGUGCCGUUGGUAGUCCAUAAGAUUAGUCCUCUCCUGGAUUGUUUGGAAAUGUUCGGAGGGCUGAGUUUUGGGGAGUGUGAACGGAUCAAGAAAGAGUCCACACCUGAAAGCAGGUUCAAAAAGUUGCUUGGUGCCGUCAACAAUGCCGGAGAUAUGUGUCGUCGCUUGCUGGGCGCGUCUGCGGAGGUUUGCCUGCCUGAGAUAGCACCUAUGUUCCUCCGAGAAGAGAGAGGGAAUGAAAUUGUUAUACUACACAUCGACGAAUACAGUCACAAGCUUGUCCAGCCACUGAAAGAACAGGCAUCCCAGUCGUUCAGCAGGUACGGUGUAACAGUGUCUGAAGACGCCAUCGAACCAGACCAGAGCUUGAAAGAAGAACUCUUGCGCCAUCUUCUUAAACGAAAUGUCAGAAUGGUCGUACCGAUCAUCACAAUGAUGAGUCUCCAGAAGAGGUACUGGCCCCCGCUGCUGUAUGAAUUGUACGUACAGAACAAGAACCUAGUCUUUCCGGUCUUCGCUUACAGUAAAUACCCCAAAGGGACCAGGGAAUGUUUGCUGAAGGAGUUCAUAUCACGCUGUGAGGACAUGAAGGAUAUGUCAUCCCCCCAGAUACCAAUGACCACAGAACCACUGUCCAGCACCAAAAUCAGUCUUACUGCUGCACAAAUCAUGAGGAAGGUGUCAUCUUCUGUUGUGCCGCACACAUACAAGAUCACAGCUGAAGGCUGCACGGUUGAGGAGGAUGGUGUCACUAUCUCGUUUCCGACAGGAUGCGUUGAGAAGGAAAGGCCCCUUUCCUUCGAGGUCGAUAUACUGCCCAUUGACGACGCCUUAACAAAGGCUUUCUCAGCUGUGACCCCGAUACUGACCGUGCACCAAGGCAAGGAGGAAGACUUCUUACAGCCCGUGAGCGUCACCCUGCCGUGGGCAUGGAGGAAGAGUGACCAUAGCUGCAGCAAAGAAAAAACCAUCCUAAUGCAGAUAAAAUCACAUCCUUCUCAGUGGUCGCUGCUACAGGCAGAAGUUCAUGAAACAGAGGACGCAGUCACAUUCACCAUGAGGCACUCCUGCAGGAUGGCCGCUGCCAAAGAAAGUGGCAAUGGCGGAGAAAGUUUGACCUCAAUCAAGGGUAACCAAGAUGAGACAUCCAAUCGGGAAGCAGCAGAUGAAAGUAACUCAAGGGAGCCAAAUGUCCCAUCAGCAUCCCAAACUGCAGUCACAACUGACGCAUUGCAAGCAUGUUGGAACGAAUACACUAAAGACAAGGCGUACCUCAUAGUAAACCCAAACCAGGCAACAAAAUUUGAUAACAAAAUCCACCUUAUGUGUGUUCACAAGGACGCCAACCCCAAUGUUUUUUUCCGAGCUGCUAAUAUGCUCCCGCUCCCACCAUUCCAACAAAGCAUCGUCAUGGGCAGGGACGAUACGAUUAACGCCACGUUUGACAACAGCAAAGAAGUCAUUGGACACCCCGACGAUGUUUCAGAUGGUAUCAGCUUCGUCUUUCCACCAGCUGCAAGGGGACCUCCCAAGUGCAACAGGUGGUCCGUUAAACUGAUUCCGAAUACUCCGCGCCCAGCUAGGAAGACGCACAUGUACCAAGGAGCCAUCGAUUUCAGACUACUUACCAUGUAUCAAGAACAAAUAACUGAUCCCUGGCGCCGGAUCCUGCCAGCACAGGUGUCCCUUGACUCUGACGAAGAAUGCUCCGAUCAACCCGAGGACCACAAUGCAUCUGGAAACCCUCCAGAUGAAUUGAAAGUUGGAAAAGAUGAUGUUGCUGGGACGUCGGCAGAAACUUCAGAUCAACUCAAAAGAUCCCAGGACCAGGAUGCACCUGAUCAAGAGAAGUUGGAAGAUGGAAAGGGUGAAGUUUCUGCGACGUUUGCAGAAAGUUCCUAUCAACACCAGGACCACAACGUGUCUGGAAACCCUCCAGAGGAGUUAAAAUGUGGAAAAGCUGCUGGAACGUUGGCAGGUUCAGACUUCACCGGGUACUUCCGUUACAUCAAGAAUAAUGUAACGGCCGAAUGGAAGGACCUUGCUGACCUAUUGCUGAGCUGGGACAAUGUAAAAGACAUUGAAAAGAGAAACAGUGAUGACAGGUCUCGCUGUUGGGACGCGUUAAAAGAGUGGCAGAAAAGUAAAGGAGAAGCCGCCACCAUGGCUGUCCUGAUGGACGCUCUCAAAGAAGUGGAUCUGAUGAGUGUCGUGGAUGGGCUCAAGAGCAAGUUUCCAGAAUUCCAGGACCAUGAUGCAUCUGGAAACCCUCCGGCAGAGGGAGCCUCCAGUCGUGAGGAUUCAGCUGUAAAAGGUGGCCGCCAUUCAAAGGGCCUCAGAUUACCGGUAAUCUUGUUGAUCAGCGACGAGUAUGGGACUUCCAAGGGAGGAAUUUCCACCAUCAACUGCGAGGCGAGCCAGAUAGUGAAGGGCAAGGCAGUCAUGUACGCCACAGCCCUGCAUGUGACCAAACAAGACCAGGAUGCAGCGGACAGAGAUGGCGUCACGCUGAUAGGGCCAGUACAACUAGACAAGAAUUCGGUGCCAACUCUGGACUGGCUGACCUACUACCACGAUAAACACUACCCAAACCUUCCUCAAGACGUCACCUGCAUUAUCGGCCAUGCUGAUAUAACAGAUACGGCGGCAAGAAACAUCAAGGAUCAACGCUAUCCACAGGCAAACCUCAUUAUGUUCACCCACGUUAUACCCGAGGAUACAGAGUACUACAAGGGAGGCCGGAAGGCCGUGGAAGCACGAGAGAAAGAGGAGGACAUGCUUGAUAAAGUACACAACGCAAAGGCAGCUUUCUCGGUAGGCAAGCGGAUCUACGACCACUGCAGCACCAAGUACAAGGGAAAGAAGAAACCACAGAAUCACCAUAUCUUCCUCCCGAAGCCAUCCAAGAUAUUUCUGGACGCCGAUGUGAGUCCCGGAGGAGGGGAAAAAGUUGUCCUGUCCGUCGGCAGGGUGAGGAAGGUGGAGAAGCUGAAAGGUCAUGACCUCGUGGGAGAGUCCAUGAGAGAUGUGGUGAAGAUAAUCAAGAACACCCGUUGGUGUGUCCGCGGCAUCAGUGAGGACGCAAGUCAGAAGAUCCUGGAAGACGCCCUGAACAGUCCCGACCUGAAUCCCACCCUGCUGCCGUACGGGACCCAGGAGGACAUCAGGGACGACAUGAUGACGGCCCACCUGGUCCUGAUGCCAUCCCGCUCCGAGCCGUUUGGGCUGGUCGGCCUGGAGGCCAUCGCCGCAGGCAUCCCCGUCCUCAUCUCCGACAAGACCGGCCUGGCAGACAUGAUCCUCGACCUGAUCAAGGAGAAAAAACUCAGCGCAGAGCACAGGAACAUCAUCGUGGAGACCAGCGUGAAUGACCGCGAUCGUGCCGGAGACGCAAAGAGGUGGGCAGACCGAAUCGUGGACAUCCUCGAGCACAGCGACUCGGAGUUCGCGAAAGCUGCCAGGUUCAAGCGGGAGCUUGUGGAGUCCAGGUACUGGGAGGAAUCCCACAAUGCCUUCCUGCAGGCUUGCGGCAUCACGAAUGCAGCAGCGGAUCAGUAGAGGUCAAAGGGCAACAGUGGACGCAGCGGGCGCGGCAAUCGGGGCGUUUACAAGUUCAAGGGCAACGACCUUGUGGCAAAGUCCACGACCAUUGUGAUAGAACAUUGAGACGUUCUAGAACCAGACUUAAAGGCAAGAUCACGAGUCGGCGGCGUACGCGCUGACGAUUUCCAAGAAAGCAAGGAAAUUAUCCAAGCCAACAUUGCAAAGGAUCAGGAUACAUUCUAAUUCACCCAUCUAAAGUAUGACACACAGGAAGAGCCGAGCUAAGACUUGAGGGCCAGGUGUGCGGUACUCCCUCCACGUCACCUGUGCGCACUGCAUCAAGGCAGGACUGGACAACCCGUACCAGCACGUACUGAGGGACCGGACUGCAGAGGACGGCCGUGACGUCAGGUGUCCCAGGGUAAAGAAGACAGCAUUGACGUUUGUACAUAAGACAGCAUCAGCAGACCUUGUGUACAGACUGGCCAGAUUGCCUGUUGUCGGGCGUCAUCCUUGACCCGGAGGAGACCCUCUCAACAAGAAAAUGUAAACGCCAAAGUAGCAGACUUCAAAACUCAAAACCAGGAGUACAAGCAGCAACCGGAAGUGGUGCACACCCUACGCAAGAGGCUCUACUUCUUCCCUCGGGCUGCAGUUGACCAGAAUCCUUAGCUUCAACUGUUUCAGUGUAACAAAGACUUUUUUUUUUAAUCUACAACAGUUGCUCCAAAUCAACACGUAUUGAGUAUUCACACGGUUUCCAGGCAAACGUAAUCCAGUUAAUAAGUAGAACCGGACAUUUUCACAGUGUAACCAAGGACCUUGUUGAAGGUCCUUGCUGUAACAAAAGCCUACAUUGUUCAAUCUAUAACAGAUGCUCUAAAUCAAAAAAUAUUAUAUCUUCACAGGAUUUCCGUGCAAAUAUGAUCCCGUAAGCUACAAGAAUGUUGACAGGACAUUUUCCAAUUGAAAUAUCCAUGUAUUAGGCAUGUCUGUUCUGGUAGUUUUUAAACUGGUCAACCAUAGUUACGUCAGAGGAGAUGGACACCUCGCUACUGUGUAGCAGUAAAUGCUCCCUAUGGGAGCAGCUAGUUGUAACAUGUGUUGCUACAUAUUUCUAGCAUGUUGCCAAGUUUUUGUAGCAUGUAGCUACUUUUUUGCUCAGCAUUUGACAGUUAAGGGCUAUGCAUGGGGUUCUAAAAGACACCUUAAAUUUCAAGUCGACGAGGAAAGAUGAACAAAAUAAAUCAGCAAAUUAUCAAAAGGUGUUGAAUCUGUGUU